CCGCCCCUCCUGGCAGUCUUGGGCCCCCUGCCGGGGCUGCGAGCAUGGGGACUGCGCCACAGCUCCUGCUGCUCCUGGGGCUCCUGGGACUCCUGCUACUGGCCAGGGCCGGGGCCUGGGGCGCGGCCGGCGACGAGUCCCGGGAGACGGCGGCCGUGCGUGCGCUCGCGGCCCGCCUGCUGGGGCCCGGGCCCGCAGCCGCCUUCGCGCUGUCGGUGGAGCGCACCCUGGCGGCCGGGCCGGGCACCGACGUCUUCGUGCUCAGCGGCGGCGGCGCGCGAGUGCGCGUGCGCGGCUCCUCGGGCGUGGCGGCGGCCGCUGGGCUGCACCGCUAUCUGCGCGACUUCUGCGGCUGCCACGUGGCCUGGUCGGGUGCCCAGCUGCGCCUGCCGCGCCCGCUGCCCGCGGUGCCCGGUGAGCUGACAGAGGCCUCGCCCUACAGGUACCGCUACUACCAGAAUGUGUGCACGCACAGCUACUCCUUCGUGUGGUGGGACUGGGCACGCUGGGAGCGGGAGAUCGACUGGAUGGCGUUGCACGGCAUCAACUUGGCACUGGCUUGGAGCGGCCAGGAGGCCAUCUGGCAGCGGGUGUACCUGGCCCUGGGCCUGACGCAGGCAGAGAUCGACCAGCACUUCACGGGCCCAGCCUUCCUGGCCUGGGGCCGCAUGGGCAACCUGCAUGGCUGGGGCGGACCCCUGCCCCACGCCUGGCACCUCAAGCAGCUCUACCUGCAGCACCGGGUCCUGGACCGGAUGCGUGCGCUGGGCAUGACGCCCGUGUUGCCUGCCUUCGCAGGGCAUGUCCCUAAAGCUGUCACCAGGGUGUUCCCACAGGUCAAUGUCACCCAGCUGGGCAGCUGGGGACACUUCAACUGCUCCUACUCCUGCUCCUUCCUUCUGGCUCCGGGAGACCCCCUCUUCCCCCUCAUUGGGAGCCUCUUCCUGCGGGAGCUAAACAGGGAGUUCGGCACAGACCACUUCUACGGGGCUGACACUUUCAAUGAGAUGCAGCCGCCCUCCUCUGAGCCUGCCUACCUGGCCGCAGCCACUGCCGCCGUGUACGAAGCCAUGACUGCAGUGGACCCUGAUGCUGUGUGGCUGCUCCAAGGCUGGCUCUUUCAGCACCAGCCUGAGUUCUGGGGCCCGGCCCAGGUGGGGGCAGUGCUGGGGGCCGUGCCACAGGGCCGCCUGCUGGUUCUGGACCUGUUUGCCGAGAACCAGCCCGUCUACACCCGCACGGCCUCCUUCGGGGGCCAGCCCUUCAUCUGGUGCAUGCUGCACAACUUUGGUGGCAACCACGGCCUCUUCGGAGCCCUGGAGGCUGUGAACCGGGGCCCUGCAGCCGCCCGCCUCUUCCCCAACUCCACCGUGGUGGGCACGGGCAUUGCACCGGAGGGCAUCGGCCAGAAUGAGGUGGUCUACGCGCUCAUGGCGGAGCUGGGCUGGCGGAAAGACCCGGUGCCCGAUCUGUCGGCCUGGGUGGCCCGCUUCGCAGAGCAGCGGUAUGGGGUGGCCCAGCCAGAUGCGGUGUUGGCCUGGAGACUCCUGCUGCACAGCGUCUACAACUGCUCAGGCGAGGCCUGCCGUGGCCACAAUCACAGCCCGCUGGUCCGGCGGCCAUCCCUGCAGAUGAACACCACUGUCUGGUACAACCGGUCCGACGUAUUUGAGGCCUGGCGGCUGCUGCUCAAAGCCACACCCAACCUGACCGCCAGCCCGGCCUUCCGCUAUGACCUGCUGGACGUCACCCGCCAGGGGCUGCAGGAGCUGGUCAGCUUGUACUACGAGGAGGCACGGGCUGCCUACAUGCGCCAGGAGCUGGAGGGGCUGCUGAGGGCUGGGGGCGUCCUGGCCUACAAGCUCCUGCCCGCGCUGGACGAGGUGCUGGCCAGCGACCACCGCUUCCUGCUGGGCAGCUGGCUGGAGCAGGCCCGGGCGGUGGCCGUGAGCUCGGCGGAGGCCGAUCUGUAUGAGCAGAACAGCCGCUACCAGCUGACCCUGUGGGGGCCGGAAGGCAACAUCCUGGACUACGCCAACAAGCAGCUGGCGGGCCUGGUGGCUGACUACUAUGUGCCCCGCUGGCGGCUCUUUGUGGAGACGCUGGCCAGCAGCCUGGCCAGGGGUGUCCCCUUCCAGCAGCAGCAGUUCAACAGCGACGUUUUCCUGCUGGAGCAGGCUUUCGUGCUGAGCAGGAAGAGGUACCCCAGCCAGCCCCAGGGGGACACUGUGGAGCUGGCCAGGAGCACCUUCCUCAGGUUUGCCCCCCGGAAGGUGGCUGGCACCAGGUGACAGGGACGCUGCAUGCCGUGUGCCCCAGACUUUGCUGGGGCAGGAUCCAGAGCCUGGAGCUGGACCAGCAUCUCAGGGACCUCAGUCCUGGGAAAACGGGCUGAGCUCUGGCUCAGGGGCGUGGGUGGCUUGCAGAGGAAUGGGCUGCCUCCUCGGCCACCCCAAUUUGGGAUUAAAGUGAUGUUUUCUGUCACUUGG